AUGCUGUCGCCCGAGGCGGAGCGGGUGCUGCAGUACCUGGUGGAGGUGGAGGAGCUCGCCGAGGAGGUGCUGGCAGACAAACGGCAGAUUGUGGACCUGGAUACCAAAAGGAAUCGGAACCGGGAGGGCCUGAGAGCCCUGCAGAAGGAUCUCAGCCUCACUGAAGACGUGAUGGUGUGCUUCGGGAACAUGUUUAUCAGGAUGCCUCACCCUGAGACAAAGGAAAUGAUUGAGAAAGAUCAGGAACAUCUGGAUAAAGAAAUAGAACGACUCCGGAAACAACUUAAAGUGAAGGUCAAUCGCCUCUUUGAGGCCCAAGGCAAACCGGAGCUGAAGGGUUUUAACCUGACCCCCCUCAACCAGGAUGAGCUUAAAGCUCUCAAGGUCAUCUUGAAAGGAUGA